GCUGCUGCCUGGCACGGCGCUGCUUCGCCGGCCUCUCCACCGCAUCCGUGCUUUGGGCCGCCUGCCCGCCCGCGCCCUCAUGGACCUCAGGGAGCUCGUUUCUGCCCUGAAUGACUUCGCACCCCUCUCUCUGGCGGAAGGCUGGGACAAUGUGGGGUUGCUGGUGGAACCAAGUCCUCCCCACACUGUGAACACCCUUUUCCUUACUAACGAUCUCACUGAGGAGGUGAUGGAAGAGGCGGUGCAAAAGAAGGCAGACCUCAUUCUUUCUUACCACCCUCCUAUAUUCACGCCGCUCAAGCGAGUAACGUGGAAGACCUGGAAGGAACGGCUGGUGGUCCGAGCCCUGGAGCACAGAAUCGGGAUUUACUCUCCACAUACAGCGUACGAUGCCAUACCUCACGGAGUUAAUAACUGGCUGACAAAGGGACUCGGUGCCUGUACUUCGGUCCCACUCCAUCCAUCAACUGCACCAAGCUGUCCAGCUGAGGGCACUCACCGGGUAGAAUUCUGCACAGACACUGAGCAUCUGGAUGUAGUGCUGUCCAAAAUCAAAGACAUCCAAGAGAUCUCUUGUCUCACUACUUUCCCAGCCAGGGUUGAAGGUGAGGAGCAAACACGAGUCACUUUGAACUGCUCUCAGAAAGCACUGUUGGAGGUGGUGGCAUUAUUGUCCCAGAACAGCCUUCUUUAUCACAAGACGGAGAUUCUCUUGCUACAAAAGCCUCUUCUUCCCCACACUGGAAUGGGACGUCUGUGCACACUGAGUGAGCCAGUUUCCUUGUCAGACAUAAUCGAGCGUAUCAAAAGCCACCUAAAAUUGCCUCACAUCCGCAUAGCCGUGGGAAUGGGCAGGACACUAGAAUCGCCAGUGAAGAAAGCUGCUCUGUGUGCUGGUUCUGGGAGCAGUGUCCUGAAGGGAACAGAAGCUGACAUCUACCUCACAGGAGAGAUGUCCCACCAUGACGUUCUGGAUGCAGUUGCCAAUGGGAUAAGUGUUAUUCUGUGUGAGCACAGUAACACUGAGCGAGGCUUCUUGUCAGAGCUGCGUGACGUGCUAGCGACCCACCUACAGAACAAAAUCAGCAUCAUUGUGUCUGAGAAAGACAGAGAUCCUCUCCAGGUGGCAUAGGGGAAAAACCAUAGGAGAGAGAGAAUUCAUUCAAUCAUGGUAUCUUGCACAGACCUGUCCAACUGCAAGCUUAAUGGAGGUGUUUUCAAUUGGUUCAGUACAGAAUGAUUGUAUUGUACAGUCCCUCAAAGUUUGGGGUAUAAUUUGUCAUGUCAGAAAAAUAAAUACUUGUUUUGUUUAUUCA